UUUGACAGUUCAGACGGUCGGACCGCUCGUACUGCCAGAGAUAUUAUUUUUGUCAUAGUUUUUGUGAUGCUUUAACGCGUGCAAAGCCGGACGACAAAUUACUUUUCUUCGUUUACUAUCUGGAUUUUCUAAUUUAAAGUGGAAAUGGAGGACGUUCUCGAGGAGGUUGUUUCUUCUGACGAUUUAAAGAAAUUCGAACGUAUUUACAACGAGCAAUUACGUUCGGCUCACGUGACACAAAAGGCUCAAUUCGAAUAUGCCUGGUGUUUGGUCAGAAGCAAAUAUCCAGCGGAUAUUAGGAAAGGAAUAAUGCUGUUAGAAGAUCUGUAUUGUAAUCACAGCGACAGCGAAAAGAGAGACUGUCUAUACUACCUAGCUAUUGGGAAUGCUAGAAUAAAGGAAUACACUAAGGCCUUAGCGUACGUACGAUCAUUCCUACAGGUCGAGCCUGGAAAUGACCAAGUACAACACCUGGAGAUGCUCAUCAAGAAAAAAAUGGAAAAAGAGGGUCUUUACGGUAUGGCGAUCGCAGGAGGCGUGAUUAUCGGUAUCGCAAGUAUUCUAGGACUGAGCCUCGCGAUGGUAAAAAGAAAUUAAACCCUCAGUUUGAAAAUAAAAGAAAAAUGGAAACGUAAAACAGCUUGCGACUAUUCUGAAAAAAAUAGUUGCAGUCUAUGUGUAAUUUGUUAAUCGAGAGGCGCGUCCAAAGGAUUUUGAUAAGGAACAAAAAUCAGAUCGAUACUCGCGAAUAAAUUGAACAAAAAAACUGAGUGCGCGAUUCGUGAAUUUACAUAGAAUGUCGAGUUCAUUUUUCUACUUCACGAAACUACCGCCUCCCUUCAGGAGGACACAAAGUAGUAGUCGUGCAUCAUUAAAUUUCAUCGUAUGUGUUCCUAUUAUAAAAAUGAAUACGAGUUUUCAAUCGAGAUUCCGUUUAACGAAACGAGGGCAUUCCGUGUGUUCGAUGUAGUCGCUGAUUUUCUUUACUUUAUUUGCUUGUGUAUAAACAGUUAUUUCCUUGGUUGUACCAAAACUCUAAGCACGUAUUAGUAACGAAUAAUUAUGGCUUUUGUACAUAAGACGAUGAAAAUGAAUAUUGUAUAAUCCCUUAUUUAAUGUGUAAUUGUACGAUUAAAUUUUUUGUGGAUAAAUAAAUUUUUUUUCUUCUUUGUUAUCUUGGUA